AUGGAACAGAGACAACUUCCCUGCAACCAUCCCAACCCAACACCGAGACUCCGAACUAGUGUUCCUGCGAUUCCCCCACUCCAUCCUCAGCUCUCCUCCCUCGCUACUUCACACCCCUGGAUACAAAAACCCAGCCAUCUCAAAGGGUCUCCCUACCUCCUCUCUAUCUCAUCCCUCUGCCCCCUAGCCACCUCCUCCUGUGCGCUCCUCGUGCACAGCCAACAUCCUCCUCGACCUUCCGAGCUAUCUCCUCCUCUUUCUUGUUUUCUUUGUCAGAAAGAGACCCUGACGUCCCCUCGUCCAAGUCCGCCGUCCCACCAUUGCCCCGAAUCUCUCACCUAUCAAGUGCAUCAACCGAAUCCUAAGUCUCCCUCUGGUCCUCUCGUACACAGUAACAGGUUCAAAGCCUCAGAAAGACGCCGUCCCAACCCUCCCACAUCAAGUCUAAAGCUCAGCUGCCAUAUCCUGCUAUCCGGAAUCUGGCGAUCCAACGGUUUCAUUACCAUGAAAGAUAAACGGAAUAAUAAUACUCCUGUGUCCAACCCCGAAGCUCCCUCAAGUGAUUCCCUUAGCCACUCUACACCCAACUCAUCAAACUUACAAGAAAAAGCCCUUUCAAGACCUUCUCUUACAUCCUUCCCAUCUUCAGUCUCCUCUAUCUGA